AUGCCCCUCGCAAAACACACCUACCACACCGCCGCCCCAAUACCGCCGCACAUCUCCCGUUCCGAAGUCCUCGUCGCCCUGCAUGACCACAACACUUGCCUCUCGCUACAAGCCCUAACCGCAGGCCACGAACUCCUCCCCUCAACCGACCCCACCACCCUAAAGGAUCCCUUCUGGUACCCGACCGACACGUACCCACCGUCUACCUACCGCGUCACCGAGAUCAUCAAAUACCUCCCGUGGUUCUCGUGGGCGAAGUACUCGCUCGUCUUCCCGUCUGUGUUUCAGAGUACACCACAGGGAUUGAAGACACGCGCGGAUACGAGUGGGGUGGUGUUACGGGCGGAAUACCGUGUUCUGGAGGAGGGCGUUGAGAGGGAGGGCGAGGGGCUGGAGGAUGGAGGGUGGGUGCUGGUUGAGGAUGUGGAGGUUGUGUGUGUGUGGUGGAUGAUGCCGCUUGUGAGGGGGAAGAUGGAGGAGGCGCACAGGGAUAUAUGUCAGAAGGUUGUAGAGACGGUCGUUAGGGAGAAAGAGGAGAAGGAACGGGAGGCUGCUAGCAGAGAGGCGGGGAAGGGAAAGCAGAGGGAGGCGCCGUUAGAUGGCUCCUAUGUGCACGUAGGCGGAGACGUGGGACCGCCGCUACAAAGGCAAGAGAUGGAGAAGAUAACGUACGGGUGA